AUGGAGUUGACAGCAGUGUUGGUACUUCUACUGCGUUUCCUGAUGGUCACUGAUGCCGUGAUUAAGAACACAGCACAAUGCGAAGUGAAAUGCGACAAAAGAUAUCCCAUCAAAGUAUUUCCGAUGGCAGUGACUCUAAUGCAGAUACAGCAUUUUUAUGAACUGUUACUGAAUAACAAUUGCAAAAAUCGGUGCAUUGUUCUCCCGUGA